AUGCCAACGCUGCCUGCCUACCCCCACCGCUGCCGGCACCACCGGCCUACCGCUGCCACCUCCCUAAUGCUGCUCUCUGCCACCUGCCUGCCCCCGCCGCCUGCCUGCUGCCGCCGCCUGCUAUAUCCUUGCACCACCCGCGGCCCUUACCUGCCGUGGCCUGCCUGCCAGCCGCUGCUUACUGCAGCCUGCACCUGCUACCUCUUACCUGCCGCCACUGCCUGCCUCCGCUGCAGCCUGCCUCCUCCUGCCACCUUCCCCCGCCACCUGCCUCCGCUGUCUCCCGUGGCUUCCUGCCACUGCCGCCUGACACCGCUGCCGCCGCUUCCUGUUGCCUCCUGCCUGCCGCUUGCCAGGGCUUGCCUGCCUGCCGCCCCAGCUGCCUGCGUCCCACCGCUUCCUGCCGCCGCCGCCUGCUACCUCCUCGCACCGCGCGCCUCCCUUGCCUGUGGCUGCCUGACUGCCAGCCACGGCUUACCACAGCCUGCCCGCGCUGCCGCCUGCUGCCACUGCCGCCUGCCUUCGCUUCCUGCCGGGGCUGCCUGCUACUACCUACCACCACCGCCUGUCUGCCAACCCUGCCUGCCGCCGCCCGCCGUCCUUGCCUGUGUCCCCCUGCCUCCGCCUGCCUGCCCGCACCCCCUGCCGCCGCUUACCGGUGCCUACCGCCGCCACCUGCCACCACCACCACCACCUGCCUACCGCGGCCGCCUGCAGCCCGCUGCUGACGUUGCCUGCCACCGCCUGCCUGCCCCCACUGCCCGCUGCCCGCCACGGCCCGCUGCCGCUUCCUUACCACCGCCGCCUGCUGCCGCUUACCACUGCCCGCCACCGCAGCCCGCCACCACCGCAUGCCUACUACUGCCGCCUCCCAACAGCUGCAAUUCCCGCCUUCCUACGACUGCUGCCUGCGGCCACCACCUGUCCCCGCCACCUGCCUGCCACUGCUUGCUGCCACCACCGCCUGUUGCCAUCUGCGGCUACUGCCACCAGCCUCCGCGGCCUAACCUCGAAGAUGCCUGCCAACGUUGCCUGCCUACCGCCGCCACCUGCUGCUGCUGCCCCCUGCAGCCCGCUUGGUCCCACCGCCUGCCGCUGCCGCCUGACGCUGCUGCCGUCUGCUGCCCUCACUGCCUGCCGCCGUUGCGGCCCGCCUCCCCCUGCCACCUGCCCCUGCCGCCUGCCGCCGCUUUCUGCCACCGCUUACGGCCGGCUACGACUGUCAGCCGCCACUUCCUGCCUGGCCCCUGCUGCCUGCAGCCCGCCACGGCCUGCUGCUGCUUCCCUACCACCGCCGCCUACCCCCGCCUGCUGCCACUUACCACUACCCGCCACGGCAGCCCACCGCCACCACAUGCCUACCGCUGCCACCUACCUAACGCUGCUGCCUGGCCCUGGCACCUGCCGCCGCUUCCUCCCGCCGCUUACCACUGCCUGCCCCCGUCUGCCACCUUUGCCGCCGCCGCCCCCUGCCUGCCCCUAGCCGGGGCCUGCCGGCCGCCACUACCUGCCCCCACCACCUGCCCGCCGCCGCUUCCUGCCGCCACUGCCUGUUGCCGCCUGCGGCUACUGCGUACCCCCAGUGCUGCAGCCUGCCUGCAACUGUCUGCCACCUGCCUGCCGCAGCCUGCCUGCCCCCGCCCCCUGCCGCCGCCGCCGCUUGCUACCUACUUCCACCGCCCGCCGCCCUUGCCUGCCUCCCUGCCCCCACCGCUUACUGCCGCCCCCUGCCUCCACUGCCGCCCCCUGCCUCCACUGCCUCCACCGCCUCCCGCUGCCACAUUCUGA